AAGGUCACUUUGAUGGAGACAAAAUUUAAUAAAGUUCUGCUGUCAGAUUUUACUAAAUCUGGCUGCUCACGUUUCAUGAACAAAAGAAUGCUCUGUUGCAUGACGUUCUUCAGACACUUUUGCUUGCCAAUUUUCAGCAUGAAUUCAGUGAUUUUAUUAUUUUUUUGUGUUUUGAAUACUGUCUAUGGAAUCUAUAAGAUUCCUGAGCAUGAUGCUUGUGUCCUCAGGGUUCUGCUAUGCGAUGACUUCAUAAAGCCUCUCACACCAGCUGACAAUUCUACAUUAGAAAUGUUUGAAACUAUAGGACAAUUAAAUGCAGUUUGCGACGAGUUAUCAAAAUUUCGAAUUUGUUUGAAAAAUGCAGAAAUUUUUUGUACGGAACAUUCUGACUUGGACGUUGGAUUUGAAUUACUUAAGAAUAGAAAAUUAGCGUUUGAUUUGUGCGUGCGGGGCUCUGCUCACCAACACGUGUAUAUGAUGGUGGAAGGAUGCGUUAACAAAUAUUCCCAUUCUGCCGUCGAAUUCUGUACCGAUAAAGCAGUCGAAACUGUAGGUUUGGAUUUCAGCUUGGGUGACUAUGAAAGUGAGUGUAGAUUUCUUGGAGAAAUACAGCAUUGUCACAUAGCAGUAGUCUCAGAUCAAUGCGGAAAUAUUGCUGGAAAUUUAUUGGAGAAGUUGGUUGUCUUUCGCGGAGAAAGGGAUUUCAUGUGUAUCGGAUACGAAAACGAGAAACUCAAAAAUUUAGAAGAAUUUGACGCUACCAUGGAUUCUUAUGUUCAACAGUACAGAAAUAGGGACUACGAAAUUGAAAAGGAAGACGAAGCUGAAAGAAUCGAUGGAUUGAAAAAAUUUAAAACAUUACACGAAGAUUUUCAAGAUCAAACUUCAAGUAAAUUUCAACCACGAGUUCCUCCCGUGUCUGUUGAAGACUGUGCUUCUGUGAAAGAGUGCGAUAGUCAUAAUGAACGUCCUCUCAGUCCAAAAAUCUCGGGUAGCACUAAAAAGCCGUCACCGUGCUCCUGUUUGUCGCAUCAAGAAAUUUUACAUUCAAAUAUGCCUCAAUACGCAGCUGAGGAUUCGAAACGAUUUUAUGAGCAACAGAAUGACAGAGUUUUAUCUAAUGAAAACUAUGCCUGUGAAAUGAAGGCGUCGUUUCUUUUGACAGGAAUUCUCUCAAAUAGUGAAGAUUGUCAUCUUGUAUUUGGCGAAGCGGAUAUAUUAUGGGAUGCCUAUUCUCCCUUGAAAGAUGUAUUCUGUGCAUGGAUGGUGAAUGAGGCUGCACCGACCCAUCUUUUCAACUGUUCGAUUCUAAUUGAUGAUUCUGUACUGGUGAGAGAAGUUUGUAAAAGAAAAAUGGAAUGCGACUUGCCUUUCAAAGCUAUUCUUGCUGUGUAUGAAACUGUGAACGAAAGAGAAGUUAAGAGAGUAGCGGAACUGAGCAUACACAGUCUCCUAAAAUAUUCUCCCACACAUGAAAGAAGCCUGGACAAGGUGAUCAAUUUCUUUAAAAAGCAUGAGCACGAUAUUCGAUACUCAUGUUCAGAGCAGCUUGAAGAACAGAUCCAUUCUACAAGCAGAAAAGGACUCGUGCCAUCGGAUAUCAAUAUGCAUGGCACGAUAAAUGAAAGUUUUGGUCAGAAAUACAAUUUUUACGAUCCUGAAUACCCAGAAUACCCCAUAGAUACCGAAAUACACUUGCUAUCUGGAAAUAAUCUUGAAAGUGAAAUGGAAAUUGAGGAUAAAUUCCCACCUCAGAAUGAUGAGGGAAAUUUGAACCCCUUCUUAAACGAUGAAAUAUUCUCCGAAAAGAAUUUGAAGGAACCCUUUACUCUGUAUCCUUCUGCAUCGUCAGAACUUUCAUCCCAAUCAUACCGGCCAUAUGAGCUGUUUCGUCCUCGUCUGGGUGAAACGUCGGAAAAUGGAGACCAAGAUUUAGGAAUAAAAGAUGUUCCAGAAAGUGACACGAUCCCAGAUAUGCUAUCAUUUGAAGAUUAUAUGCAAAAUGGUUAUCUGGAUACUGAAGAAAUUUGCCCAGCACUGCCAGAAAAUGUUUCAAAACUCACUAACAAGCUUGACAAGAAAAAAUAUAUGUACAUUUCUAAGAGGGAAGAUGUUUCGUUAAGGAAAGCCGGAGAAUCGGAGGAUACCAACACAGACGAUCAACAAAAUGAAGAAAUCUAUACUGUAACUACAAGUUCUGAAAUAGAAACGACUAGCGGACCCGAUGAUAUGAUAGUGUAUGAAUAUGAAACUGCACAAAGUCUAGAAGAAGAUCCUCAUAUUUCGAAUACAAGACAUGAUUUUGCUGAAGUUCCACAAAGGAAUGAUAUGAAGAGUUUGAAGUUUGGAAAGGACUCUGCUAUGAAAUCUACAAAGGCUAGAAGUUCAAGAAUUGAUUUUAUAAAAUUGAUCUCUGAUUAUCAAAAUAAUAAGUACUCGUUUCCUGAUAAAUUUGCCGAAGCUUCAACCAACCGUAAGGCAAUUCCUGAAGAAAAGGAAUUUUCACCGAAAUCAAAAAAUUUUUCUAAAAGAUCAGAUAAAAAAGAUUCAAUUAAAAUGAGGGAAAAAUUCAUCAAUACUUUCGAAAUAUUGGCAAAAAUUAAAAUGGAUUUGAGGAGGAUACUUCAGAUGCUCAACGAAACUGGAAUGAAAAACAGCAAAAGUACAAGUCCGGGAAAAUACGAAUUAUAAAUAACGGUUCUUCUCGUCUUUCAGAAAUGCAUAUCUUAAACAUUUAUCCAACAGAGUACCAAUAAUGACUGACGAGUCGAAUUGUUUUUACUGUUAUUUUAAAGACAUCUUAUUGGUCUGUUCAUUCUUUUUAAUCUGUAGGAUUAUUAACAUUAUAGGUUUUCUAACUUAUUUUCUCCUUUGUUUCCUUCUACAGAUUUCUUAUUUGUCAAUAAAAUUAUCUGUAUUUGUAUUAAUAAUUCUUGUUUAUAAUAAAUGAACUGCCGCCAAUAAA